AUGAUAGGGAUGUUUUAUUUGGUUAAGUGUGCGUCGAUUAUAUUAAUUUGCACUCCAAUAUUCUUUCAAAUAAAGGUUAUAUUGGAAGAUUUGUACGUACAAAAGAUUUUACCAUAUCAUUAUACCAGUCAAUCUCAAGAAUUGGCUCAUAAAUAUGACUCGUCACGAAUGAAAGUAGAUCAUUUGGAUGUUAAAUUCGGUACUAACACAUAUGACCCAGAUCCCUUCUCUCAACUACAUAAUGGGAAUAUAUCUAGGCAGGAGUAUCCACAGAAGGAAAAUGCAACCAUAUUGAUGUUGGUAAGAAAUGAAGAACUUGAGGGUGCAUUGGAAUCGAUGAGAUCAUUGGAGGACCGUUUCAAUAAAGAAUAUCAUUACGACUGGACAUUUUUAAACGAUGUACCUUUUACCACAGCGUUCAUAAUGGCCACAACUGCAAUGGCAAGUGGAAAAACACAAUAUGGACUUAUCCCAUCAGAGGAUUGGGAUAGACCUGUUUGGAUUGAGGAUGAUAAGUUUACCAAAUGUAUGAAAAAGAUGGAGGAAGAAGACGUGAUGUACGGGGACUCGGUAUCCUACAGAAAUAUGUGUCGAUUCAAUUCUGGAUAUUUUUUCCGUCAAGAAUUAUUAAUGGAUUAUGAUUACUAUUUUAGAGUUGAACCUAAUGUUGGUUAUUUUUGUGAUUUACCUUAUGAUCCAUUUAAGGUAUUAAGGGAACGUAAGGCCAAAUAUGGAUUUGUAAUUUCGCUUUAUGAAUAUGAAAAUACUAUACCGACUCUAUGGGAUGCUGUAUCUGACUAUAUAAUAGAGGAUGAUGGAAAAGAUGUUCACAUGGAUCAAAAUCAUUAUGGAUUUCUAACAGAUAAAUCUCAAAUCGGUCGUUAUUUACCUGCUACAGAGUCUAAUUCGGAUUACAAUCUGUGUCAUUUUUGGUCAAACUUUGAAGUGGGUGACUUGAACUUCUUCAGAAGUGAACAGUACUUAAAUUAUUUUAAUCAUCUGGAUUCAAAAGGUGGAUUUUAUUAUGAAAGAUGGGGUGAUGCGCCUGUCCAUUCAAUUGGAGCAUCGUUAUUGCUGAAACAAGAUGAAAUUGUACAUUUUGACCAGAUCUCCUAUUGCCAUCCACCAUUUUAUACUUGUCCAACAUCCAUGUAUGCACGUUUGGAUCAACGAUGUAUCUGUGAUAGUGAAAAUGAAUAUAGUAUUGAUAUUAAACCGCACAGUUGUCUAAUGCGUUGGUGGAAGAAUGGUAGUGGUAAAUAUUUCAUCAAGGAAGGUUAG